AUGUCAGAAAAAGACCCCGAGCCAUCGCCUCCCGUGCCAGACACAGCAGUCAGCCCGUCCACUGGCCUCCCAGAUCCGGAAACAAGGUCAACCCAACACUCUGCCGAACCCGCGCCUCCUCCUCCUCCUGUUCCUCCGCCCGCCUUCGAGCCUCUCUUCACACUGGUGACCAAUGCGUCGACAGGAGCCACAAUGCACCCGCGCGUGCAGUACCUCUUCUCCGAUGACGACGCCUCCAUCCUCUCCCACCCCAACGACGACCCAAACCACCGCGCGAUGCUGGUCGAUCUCGCGCCCACCGAAGCAAGCACCUGGUCCGUCCAGUGGGCAUCCAGCCUCAGCCCAGACUUUGCCAUCACCGCUUCCCAGCUCUCUGUGCAGCGCAGCGACGACGCCAGCGAGGGCGACACCUCAAUGAUGCUCCGACUAGAAGGGGUGGAACGCGAGCCCCUGGACGCCGGCGGCGGCAGUCGGCCAAACAGCCUGCCCAGCUCGGGCAGCGGCGCCAUUGGCCGCGAAAACGUCGAUGCGCUAGCCGACGAGUUCAAGCGGCGCAUGGGCGUGUUGAAAAAGGUCGUCGCCGAGGGCGAGAAGAGAAGAGACAUACUGGAAAGGCAGGCGAGCAGUCUGCCCAGGCCGAAGACGGGAGAUGAAUAUGGAUCGCCUCGCGGGGGGGAAUCUGCCAUGCGGGGAGCACCGUUUGAAGAUGAAUUCCCCGGCUAA